UUUUAGUUCAACUUGUUGAGAAGGCGAAUCACUGAACAACAAUGCUGGGUUUUAUCGCUACACUUCUCAUCCUUCCGUCAGUGAUCAAAGCUAAUUGUGACUCGUUGGGGGAUGCUGAGAAUGUAGCUAGCAUGGUCCCCUUCGAAAUAGAUCAAUACGAAGAGGACACUGAAGUCUUAAUGACAUGCAGGAACAACUUUAUCAUUUCUUGGGCUGCUUCUGUCGAAGACAUCAGUGCUAAUGUUAGGUGUAAUUCUGGUAAUUUCUCUCCAGAGCCACAAGUAGAUAGUUUUGGUGGUACAGUAGGUUGUGUUGCGUGUGUGGAAGGAGUAGCUGAUUGUACAGACGGAACCUGUACGGACGGGACAUGUGAGUGUAAGCAAGGCUUUGAGAGGGCAGAUCACAGUGACCCCCGACUCUGUACAGUUGUACAGUGUCACUCCCUCACUCUUACUAAUCAGGCUGCUGAUACGCCAGGACCCUACGAUGUUAACAGUGACGUCAUAGUCACGUGCUCCGACGGGUUCCACGUGACGGGUACUGGUGGUACUGAACACGUGCAGACUCUUACUUGUGAUGACGGGGGGAAUUUUAAUCCUGUCUUAAAAUCUUGUGUUAUGUGCUCUGACUCUGAUGGGUGUACAGGCGGGAUAUGUAAUGCUAACAAACAAUGUGAGUGUGAUGAAACAGACGGUUACAAACUUAGUGCUGAUGAUUUAAGUGUUUGUGAGAAGGUAUUAUGUACUGAUGAUCACUGUUCUAAUAACGGGAUGUGCUCUGUUAAGGGUGCUGAGUUGGAGUGCGACUGUCCAACCGGUACAACCGGAGAUACUUGUGCUAAUUUUAACGGUGAACCUUGCGGAGAGGAUCCCUGUAAAAACGGGGGCGCAUGUUCACGUGACAUGAGCGACCCUUUAGAUUACAGCAAGCACACGUGCAGCUGCACUACUGGUUUUACGGGUCAUCAAUGCGAAGAAGUAGCGGACGGCCCUAGUUCUGAAAACGAAGACGAAAGCGAGGAUGACGAUGAAGAUGACAAUGAAGAGGACGAUGAAGAUGAGGGGAAAGACAAUUCAACAGGAUGCAUUUGUCUUGGAAACGCCAUUAGACUAUUGGUGGCUACUGCAAUGUUGUUAUCUUAAAUUAAGAACCAGUUUAAUUGCUCCGUUUAGUUGGCCAAGUUCACAUUCUGAUACUUUUUAAAGACAUGUUUAAGACAAGUGAGGUUCCUGGUUAAAACCCGUAAUGGUAAAUUUAAUUUGAUCUCUUUUAAUAAGGGGUCGUUCACAUAUUACGUAAUCAUUUUUA